CGGCCGCAGUCAGCCAAACCGACUCGCGGCCGCGACACGCGCUCCGGGUUCGAUCCGCUAAUAAUUGUUUAAUAAGUUGAGGAAGGAAACGAUUAAAGGAGACGGAAUUUGUGAUUUUCAUUUGUGAGGUGCUCGCUUCGUUGUGCGACGUAUCAAAGUGCUUUAAUCCUACUCCUGAGGUAAAUCAUCAAGGAACGGAAGAUACGGAUACAAUAGUGAUCACGGAUUAUCAAAGUGUCUGGAUUAUAUAAAACAUAGGAAGAAAAUAAAAAAAACAAACAAAUAAGAAAAGCUCAAGUUAAGUGAUAUCACAGUUGGGAGUUAAUGUAAGUGCGAUGUCGCGGCCGAGGAGACCAAGUGUUUCCAUCCACGAUUACCCGGAAGACUUGAACCCGUUCAAAGAUGCGGCAAACACUCCAGCAAUGCAGUCUGCGGUCAGCGUUGAGCUCAGACAGGGCAAAGAGCCGAAGAAUAAAUUCUGGACAUUCGGUAGGAGCAAGAAGAAACGGUCCAAUAGCUUCUCGGUGAAGUCAGCUUGGAGCGGACUCUUCGGCAAACGAAGUAAGGAACCAGAAAUCGAGCGCAGAACAACUAUCACUACAGUUUCUACAACAUACCAAAAUGGCCAGUUUUCUCGUCCAGUACCACCACCCCGAUUGGCACGAGAUCAGCAGGAAUUUGAAGAGGCAUUCGGUACGUUUACACGGAGAAAAAAAUACACUAUGGAAAGCUCUUCGCACUACGGUUCAAAUUUGACCGUGAACGGAGAUCCGGCUAGGCUUUAUAACGGAAGUCCGCAGGAUACCACAACUUCUAUUUUAGGAGAACUUACGCCGAAAGCACCGGCGAGAAGGUUCGGGCAAGUCAGUCCAAGAUCAAAAGACGAAAUACCCCCGUUGGAAUUUGAGGCCAAGUCCGAAGCCGGCGAUACCGAUGACAGAGAAGUUGAUGAAGCUCCCGUUCCCACUAAGAGACAUAGUCGAAAACAGGUGCCGCGAGUUAAUGUUUUGGAGGCACCGGCAGAGGAGCCAUUAGACCGAGAUAUAGGGUCGGAUUUAACGAUGAGAGACGAGAACGAGAAUCUGGCUGACGACUUCGUGUUUAGAAGAUGCAGCCAGGAUGCUGUACGCAGAUCUAAUUUAUCGAUAAAUAGCUGCGUAUCGACGGCAAGCGGCAUCAGCAUGUCGGGAAGAAAAAAGCGCAGAGCACCGCAGCCACCGCAGCGGAAAGAAUCGGCGGAAAACCACGAAGAAAAAUCUGCCGCCCCUGCAACCCCACCGACGGAAUUGGAAAUCAAGGAGUCAAUCGAUAUAGCUAAAGUAACGGAGGACAUACAGGAGAUGACCAAGCAGAGCCAAAAUAUCGACGAGACGAUAUUAAAUUCUAGCUCGAUUCGAGAAGAAGCCGACGGUAAGGUGAAGGAAAACGAUUCCGAGAUUGCAACCACAGAAGUAAAUAAGGAUUCGAAUGAUGAAUUAGAGGAAGUUAGGUUGAAGAGAAAAUUGCCAAGCGAAUCGCCGCGGGAAGAAACCGAUGACGACAAAGAUGUUGUGAUGAAGUCUGACGAAAAUGGAAACCGCGAAAACCGCAUAGAGGUGGAAACAAUAGAGAUAAAACGAGUAGUAGACGAUAACAUAGAAAUAAUAAAGGAGGUGAACGAAAAUUCGUCGAUAUCAGCGGACGUGGAUUUGGAGGAAGUUGAAUUGAGAAAGAAGCCUUCAUCCGGCGGUGGAAUUUCGCGAAGCGACAGCUUUUCGGUCAAAGAGCAAAUCGAGCAAAUUGAAAGACAGAUAAAGGAAUUAGAGUCGAAGCACGCGAACAAUAAUAACGGUAGUAACAAUAACAACGUAAAUAACAACAGCAUAUCAAUUACGGAUGAUAAGAAAUACUACGAACCUUCGGAGACGAGACUGUCGAUUCAGGCGAAUCGUAGAAGUUUUUUCAAAAACAUGGUCAGCAACGAGCCGAACGGUGUGAAAAUCGAGAUUAAGGAAUUGCCGAGGGAACAGAAGGACAUUCAAGUCGUCAAGCUGACCGAUCCGCCGGUUCCGAUCGAGGCGCCAAAAGAGCCGGUUAAAAUAGUGGAACUUCAUAUUUCGGAACCGAUAAAACAAGUGCCGGAAAUCGUCGAGGACGUAAACGUGAAUCCGUUGCCCAAGCCGAGACGACACAGCUCAAGUCAGGCUCAAAGUGUAGAUUUAAACGGCGAGAGCAAAGGUAUCAAGGCUUCGAACGAUUCGAGUAAGAACGGCAGAGAGGCGCGAGGAGAUUCCUUGUGAAUAUUUCUAAUACCGAAAUCGUAUGUAAAAUUGAGUAAUCGUGCACAAUUGUCAUCGUUGUAUAAUCGACGUAUUAUAUCGCAAAGUCGCAGGACGAAAGUGAAUAAAAUAACCGUCUAAUAUUACUGCGAUGUGAAAAAAUUCACAAAAUCGGUAGCGCAGAGUUUCGCCGAGCACUGUAGCUUUCAUCUUUUUUAAAUAUUCGAAAAUUACAUAUCCGUACUCGAUUACAUCUGCAAUCGCACAUCGUCCAGUUGAAGAAUAACGCAAUAUUCAAUGCGCAAUUUAAUAUCGUUUUUUAGAUUGGUAUGCAAUACAACAAAUUUAGACUAAUAGAAUAUGCAUAUACUUAAUAAUUGAUAACGAAAGAUGAAAUUUUUAAUGUAAAUAUCGUAAAAAAAACCUUCUUGCAUUAUACGUAAGUGUACAAAUUUAAUAAUUAAUUGAAAUUGGCAAAAGGUUGUAUACCCUGGAUAUAUUUAUGUCUGAUCGAAACCGGUAAUAUCGACCA